AUGGCAUACACACUGUUCGUAUUCGCUGGCCUCCUCGCCUUUGCCAACAGUCAUGGAAUAGCCGGAUAUUCAGCUGCUCUUCCAGUCUCUCCAUACUCAACGAUAAUAAACACUCCAGCAAUUGAGAAAACCGUUGUACACCAUCCAGAUCCCAUUAUCUCAACUCGUACCGUUCCAAUAACUGUUGGCAGUAAAGUUGUAUCUCCAGCCAAGACCAGUGUGUACUCCGAAGAGCCAAACGUCCAUGAACAUUCUACUUUUAUCAGGACUGCCCCUGGACUUACUAGAACCGUCGUCCAGCAUCCUGCCCCAAUUGUAAACAGUAGAAUUUCUUAUCCGGCUCCAAUUGUUCAUGAAAGACUUCAUCAUCCUGCACCAAUUGUCGCGCCAUCUUUGCAAUAUGGUGGACCAGUUGUUGCUGAAGCUCUUCCUGUGGCUCCGGUUGUUAAUCAUCAUGCUCCGAUUGGUGUACCACCUGUUCGUUUUGAUGGACCAGUCGUUGCUGAACCUUUUCCAGUAGCUCCUGUUGUGAAUCAUGUUCCUCUUGGCGUGCCGGCCGCACGUUAUGGUGAACCAUUGGUUGCUAAUAGUCUUCCAGUGAGUCCGAUACAGUGGUGAAAUCUGUUACCUGUUAUGUUUUUGAAAUAAAUAAUUUAUUUAAACCAUGUUUCAAAUAUCAUUAUAUACAUAAUGUUGAAUUUAUACUACAAGAGAUGCAAGCAAUACUUUUAAAAAUUAUAAUACAAAAUUUGAAGUUACGAAAUUUUAAA